GUUCCAUUCCCAGUUCCCAACUCCCAUCAACCAUCCUUCUCGACUCCACUGACCAAACACCCCAGCGGACCAAAUCGCCGCAGCAGGGCGCGCCAUGGAGCCGGCGGCGGAGAAGAGGGAGGCCGAGCAGGAGGAGCUGCAGCAGCAGCACGACGAGCCCGCCGUCCCUUCCGCCGACGACGACGAGGCUGAGGCGGAGGAGAACGAGCGCCGCAACCGCGAGCUCAAGGCCGGCUUCCAUCCCCUUAGGCGUAGAUUCGUGCUAUGGUACACGCGCCGGACUCCUGGGGCGAGGUCGCAGUCCUACGAGGACAACAUCAAGAAGAUCGUCGACUUCAGCACUGUUGAGUCGUUCUGGGUUUGCUACUGCCACCUCACGCGGCCGGUUAGCCUGCCGAGCCCCACCGACCUGCAUCUUUUCAAGGAGGGCAUCCGGCCCCUCUGGGAGGAUCCCGCAAAUAGGAGCGGUGGCAAGUGGAUCAUAAGGUUUAAGAAGACCGUCUCUGGUCGUUUCUGGGAGGAUUUGGUGUUGGUGCUAGUGGGUGAUCAACUUGAUUAUAGUGAUGAUGUUUGUGGCGUUGUACUCAGUGUUCGUUUCAAUGAGGACAUUCUAAGUGUCUGGAACCGUAAUGCAUCUGACCACCAGGCUGUGAUGACAUUAAGAGAUUCAAUUAAGAGGCAUCUGAAGCUGCCACACAGCUAUCUGAUGGAGUACAAACCACAUGAUGCUUCACUGCGGGAUAACUCAUCUUACAGGAACACGUGGUUGAGAGGAUAAGCUCCAUGGUCACAUAUUUAGCUGUUAUCUUCCUCUAAACUAUCGCCUCGUGGAUUUCUUUUGAACCUGUGCUUGCAUGGGACUAAACCUUGCUAUGUGUUGUGCAUCCAAACUCUGUUAUGCUAUGGACAAUCAAAAUGCCCAGAAUUAUCGUGAUGCCUUAUUGUUA